UCAGACCUAUAUAUACCUCUGAGACUGUAAAUCGAACCCUGAGCUUCUUGGGAAUCGCACCCUCAGAACAAGCACACCGUCGUCAUGGGCUUACCGGAAAUCGUCGGUUUUGCUCGGAAUUUCGCCGUCAUGGUCAGAGUCAAAGGCCCUGACCCCAAAGGCCUCAAAAUGCGAAACCAUGCUUUCCACCAGUACAACUCUGGGACGACGACUAUAUCAGCUUCCGGAAUGUUAUUGCCGGAAACCCUUUACGACGGUGAGGUCGCGAAGCAGCUAUGCGGCGGCGGAAGUGACUGGUCACCGGCUCUGGUUGUGACUGUUGCUUCAGUUGUUGAGCCGUUUCUGUCUUUGCAACACAGAGAGAGCCUCGCCCAGGGCAGGCCUGAGUUGAUUCCUGGGGUUGAGAUUGAUGUUAUGGCAGAGGAUGACAUGUCGUUGGAGAAAGGACCUCCAUGCUGGUUUGCAGCGCAGCUUUUAACCCUGAUUGACGUUCCUGCAUCUGCUUUUGCACUCCAAUCUCUUAUUGAUGCUUCUAUAAGCUCUCCAGAGCAUGGAUGGGAGGUCGGUUGGUCUUUAGCCUCACAUUAUAAUCCUCAGCCAGUUAUGGAUGUUAUUCAGACGCAGGUAAAUUUGGCAGUUAGAGAAUUGAGGAACGCAAGUCUUACGGGAAAGUCAACUACAAGAAUCGCAAUUCUUGGAGUAUCCUUGCUUUCUAAGGAUGUGCCAAAUAUAACUAUAUCACCCUCCAAUAAAAGGGGAGACUUUCUUGUAGCAGUGGGUUCUCCUUUUGGUAUCCUGUCACCUGUACACUUCUUUAACAGCAUAUCAGUGGGGUCCAUUGCCAACUGCUAUCCUCCUAAUUCAUCUUAUAGUCCAUUGCUGAUGGCAGACAUACGGUGUCUUCCUGGAGCGGAAGGUGGUCCAGUUUUGAGCGAGAAUGCACAACUUAUUGGUAUGUUGAUUAGACCAUUGAGGCAGAAGACUAGCGGUGCUGAAGUUCAGCUGGUAAUUUCGUGGGAAGCCAUUGCAACUGCUUGCAGUGACUUGCUGCAGAAGGAGCCCCAUUAUGCAGAAAAGGGGAUUUAUUAUGACAAAGGAAACUUAAAUGCUGUAGGGAAAGCAUUUUUAGCAAACACCAACGGCUCAAAUGGACCCAUAACGCAUAUUCAGGAGCAUCUUUCUACUAGUUGCUCCCCAUCAGCUGUUGAGAAGGCAAUAACUUCUGUUUGUCUUAUAACCAUAGAUGAUGGAGUAUGGGCAUCUGGUGUUUUCCUCAACAAGCAAGGCCUGAUACUCACAAAUGCUCACCUCUUAGAACCAUGGAGAUUUGGUAAAAGGACUGCAAGUGACGGAUCCAUUUCUGAGGCUCCUCCCCUCCUAUCCGACAGAUCUCUAUCUCCAGAGCAAAAGAUUCAAGGCUUUCUGCCUGGGCUUCACAAGAAUGGAGAUCCCUCAGUUGGGAAUGAACAUGGAGCAUUGAACUCAUCUUACAAAGGCCAUAGAAAUAUACGUGUCCGCCUGGAUCAUAUGGACCCUUGGGUUUGGUGUGACGCCAAAGUAGUCUAUGUUUGUAAAGGACCUUUAGAUGUUGCCUUGUUACAGCUCCAGUGCAUCCCAGAUCAGCUUUCCCCAGUUGUCAUGGACUUUUCAUCGCCAUCUUUAGGAUCAAAGGCAUACGUUAUUGGACAUGGACUGUUUGGACCCAGAUGUGGCUUUUCCCCUUCAAUUUGUUCUGGUGUGGUGGCAAAAGUUGUCAAAGCAAAGUUUCUACUCUCAUAUCAACCCAGUCAACCAGGAAAUACUCGAGGGCACUCUCCUGUGAUGCUUGAAACAACAGCAGCUGUCCAUCCAGGUGGUAGUGGUGGUGCUGUUGUAAAUUCAGAUGGUCAUAUGAUUGGGCUUGUUACAAGCAACGCUAGACAUGGUGGAGGAACAGUUAUACCACAUCUGAACUUCAGCAUUCCAUGUGCAGCUCUCCUGCCAAUUUUCAAGUUCUCAAAAGACAUGCAAGAUCUUUCACAUCUUCAGGUUCUCGACCAACCAAACAAACAUCUUUCUUCUGUAUGGGCGUUGAUGCCGCAUCUGUCUCCAAAGCCCCCUCCUUUGCCUCAUAUGCAACAGUCAUUACCAAAUGAUCACAACAAAGAAGAGAAAGGUUCUCGCUUUGCAAAAUUUUUAGCUGAAAGACGAGAUGUGUUUUCAAAGCCAACGCAGCUUAACAGGGCUGGAAGACUAUUGAACGACAUUGUUCCUAGCAAGUUAUGACUAACGAGCCCACUGCAAUUUCCUAGAAAUACCGAGAUUAUAGGUUUCAUAGCUCUGCUUCAAUGACUUCAGAAAUUGGGUGAGAAAUCCAUAGUUAGCAGUAGAAUUUGCUCUUCAGAUUGAGUUCUGUAACUUUAUAUAAAAGCAUUGUGCAUAGGUGAAAUAACUAUAUAUGUUUUUUUUUUUU